AUGAUCAAGAUCUAUGAUAAUACUACACAUGAACUUGUCAAUGUACUUCAAGGUCAUUCCGACACCAUCCACGAAGCAAAGUUCAUCAAUGACUCCAUCCUCAUCACCUGCUCAUCAGACCGCUCACUAAACAUCUAUGAUUGCAAGACUGCAUCACUCACUACAUCUCUCAAACAGAAGAAAGAGGUAUACUCAUUCGAUAUUGUUGGAGACUUGGUGGCGUUGGCUGUUGGGUCGGGCGUGGUGUUGGUCAAUUCAAAGACAUUGAAGGAGGUGCGAUCAUUCAAUGAUUGUCAUACUGAAGAUGUGACACGUGUUAGAUUCCAUCCCAAUGACAGUACCAAACUAUUAUCAUGUAGUGUCGAUGGACUCAUCUGUAUAUAUGAUCUUGCCAAUCAAGAUGCUGACGAGGCCAUUACAUUUGUAAUGAAUGGAGAACACUCUGUAUCAACGAUGGGAUUCUUUGGACCAAAGAAUAUGCACUUGUGGUCAUUGUCAACUACGGAGAGACUGUCGGUUUGGGACUUGGAGAGUGGAACGAGGAUAAAGGAGUAUGGAGACUUGAGACAGAUUGUGAUGGACAAGUAUCAGGUGGAGGUCAACUAUUUCAACACAUGUCAUUACGAUGCCAAUGACAAUACAUUAUACUUGUUUGGUGGAGACUUCACUGGCAAUGGUCUCGUCUUUCGUGUUGAGGCCGACAAUGUCGUCCCCAUUGCCAAGCUGGCCGGUGGUCACACGGAAAUCAUUCGCAGUACCAUUUUGAACAAGGAUAAACAGGAGAUAUUGACAGCUGGAGAGGACAACAAGUUGUGCUUUUGGACGAAUAGUGCUAAGCUGGUGGCAUCCGAUCCAUCCCCAAAGAGUCAGAGCAGCAGUAAAAUAGUUGUAAGUGUCAAUGAAUGA